UCCCUCGGUGUCUGAGCCAAUGAUUUGUCACUAAACAAUUUGCGGAAGAAGGUGCAUUUCUUUAUAUCACUUUGUGAAAUAGACACAUACGAGCAGGAUGGCGAGCUCAGUAACCAAGGAUGUCUCCUAUGAGGAUCUGAAAACACUAUUGGGAAAAAGCCAGAAUCUCCUUCUGGUUGACGUCCGCACUAAAGAGGAAGUGGAUAAAGGAUGUAUUCAAGGAUCCAUUCACAUCCCAGUUGAUACAGUAGAAGCUGCUCUUUCAAUGCAGCCAGACGAAUUCAAGGCCAAGUACGGAGUAACAAAGCCACCAUUGGACGCGCCAGAGCUGGUGUUUCACUGCCAGAUGGGCAAACGAGGGGCGACUGCCACAACAAAGGCCCAAGAUCUCGGAUACGUGAAUGCACGUAACUAUGCUGGAGGAUUCAAGGAGUGGUCUGAGAAAGAGAAAAAGUGAUUUGUUUUGAAGAAAGGCUCAUAUAUGUUUAUACAGAUAGCAAUUGUGAACUCUGACAAAAUUCUUUUUAUACCAUUUGUUACCAUUGUUGUCUUUAAAAUGUAUGAAUAGAUAAAAAUAAAAGUAUCUACUCAGGUCUA